CCAUCUCAGACUAUUAGGUUGUUGUACUCUGAUAGCAACUAAUCUUUACUUAAAGCCGUUUCGUCAUUAAUUAAUACGUCACAACUCACAAGCAAAAAUAAAAGACAAACACGCAUAUGUGAGUUAUGUUAUCAGUCCAUGGAGGAGGCAAGAUUCAGUACGGUUGCCGGCCUGAUGCGGUGGUAUGCUAGUAUAAAAUGUAUACUUAUCUGCACUUUAAACACAUGCACAUUCAUACGAUUUGUAUGUAUGUGAAUUUGUUUGGAGUGCGGCAACGUUUGUAACGAUUUUCCUCGAUGCGGCUGCGGAUUUGAAAAUAUUCAACUGGUGGCUUCAGUCGAUGAUCUUUGUUUGCAGAAGGAAGCUAAAAAUUAAUCAACACUUACGGUCGGUUGGUGGUGCUAUAGUACACGCUGCUACUGUAAAUAAACAAAAAUUAAAAAAAAAAUGUUUACUUUGUUAAAGUGCGAUUAGUUGAACUUCAUUAUAAUCUUUCUUAUCAAAGUGUAACGAUUUAUUUUAGUGAUAAGAAACUUUGUAGCGUGUUCGUUUGAAACACAUUUAAAUUUCAAUUUAAAAAAAAAGCAUUAAAAUGAUUGAAAAUCUAUUGAAUAUCCUUCGAAUUGGUAUCCUUUUGGAUUACUGGAAAACAUUUAUAUAUUUUAUUGGUAUUUACGCAUUAUCUAUUUAUUUGUAUGAUAAUUUUAAAUCAGUGAUUUCAAUUAUCAAAUCAAUUUUGGAGCCAUACUUUCAACCGAAUUCUCAAAAGUCGUUGAUUGAAAAAUAUGGAAAAUGGGCGGUAAUUACUGGUUCAACUGAUGGCAUUGGUAAGGAAUAUGCGAAAGAAUUGGCCAAGAGAGGAAUUAAUGUUGUACUCAUAUCGAGGACAGAAAAAAAGUUGAUCGAUGUUGCAAAAGAGAUUGAAUUGGAAUUUAAAGUCAAGACCAAAUGGAUUGUUGCUGAUUUCGCCAAAGGAAAAGAAGUUUAUGAACACAUUCGAAAAGAAUUGGAUGGGAUACCAGUUGGUAUUUUAGUUAAUAAUGUUGGCAAAAUGUACGAUUAUCCAGAUGAGCUAGCAAAGGUGCCUGAAGAUAUUUUAUGGGAUUUAAUUAACAUCAAUGUUGCAGCAUGUACAAUGAUGUGCCGAAUGUUGAUUGAUCAAAUGAAAAAGAACGGAAAAGGUGCCAUUGUUAAUAUAUCAUCCGGAAGUGAGCUACAACCAUUGCCUUAUAUGGCAGUUUAUUCAGCAACAAAGAAAUAUGUUAAAAGUCUUACAUUAGCUUUGCAAGAAGAACUUAACGAAUAUGGAAUCACUGUACAAUGUGUUACACCAUUAUUUUUGGUUACAAAAAUGAAUCAGUAUUCAAAGAAGGUUAUGAGUGGAGGCUUUCUUAUACCAGAUGUUAAGAGUUUUACUCAAUCGGCGGUGUUCACGUUAGGAAGGACUAGUGAAACUACAGGCUAUUGGACCCAUGGUCUUCAGUAUGCCAUUAGUAAAAUUGUACCUGAAUGGAUCCGGAUGAAAAUUGGACACAGAAUUACACAAAGACUUCGAACGGAAUAUUUAAAUUCGCUGGUCGAUAAUAAAACUUCAUAAAGACUGUAGCAAAGAUUUUUAAUGUGCCUAAUUUAUAUAAAAUUACAAGUUUAAUUUUAAUUUUGUGUUAAGGAUGCUUUGUAAAUAACUAUUGUUUUUCAUGUGAUGUACACAUUUUUUGAAAUAUUUUUAAGACUUCUUGUUGAAUUCAAAAAAAUA